GUGGAAACAAUGAGAACCCAUAAUUUUAUAGAUAGUAGUGUUUCUUAUAUAAUUUUCAAAUUAAUUCGAAAAUCUUUUAACAUACACUUUAAAUUUGCUUCGUGAAUAAAUAAAUAUCUAGAAAAAAUGCAGGCUGUGAAGGACAAGUUUCAAGAGAUGAAUGCCUUGCGUAAGGCCAAGGCAGAAGCAAAGGCCGAGGAGAAGGCAGAGAAGGAAAUUGCACAAGCCAGAAUGGAGAUAGCUCACGAGGUUAGGUUGGCAAAAGAAGCUGAAGCAGCAAUGGACCUCCAUGUAUCAAAAGCAGGGGAGAGAGCAGAGCAAGAAAUUGGGAAGCAUCCAAAUGCAAAUGCUACAUCAAAUAAAAAUUCCUCGUACAAGGACACGGGUAUGUGAAACACAUGCCUCAAACAUGGAGUGGACCAUCAAUAGAAAGUUUUGGCAAUCAAGAAAUAUAGAUAUCAAGAAUUUGAUUGGUUUGAUUUAUGGGGAAUUUCUCAAUUAAUUUUUUUUUCCACUAAUGUGUUUUUGUAAAAUUAAGUUUUUUUUUUUGUUUUGACAAUUGUAAAAUUAAGUUAUAAGCUAGUUGAUAGUUGAAAAAUUAAACUAGCUGAUAACUUAUAAUUCAUAGUUAAUAGUU